AUGGAUAAACCAGUGCCAGAUAAUUAUAGAUUGACAAAGGAGAAUUCUGCUAAUAUCCUCGUACCAAUCAGUGAGACGAGUGAUAACAAAGCAUUCAUAAACCCAAUACAGGAGUUUAAUAGGGAUUUAUCAGUAGCAGCUAUCAGAGUAUGGUCUGAGAUCGUACGGGCUGAGAAAUCUGCCAAGUUUAAGUCAAAACGGAAGGGUAAAAAGAAUGCAGAAGAGGACGCCAAUUGGAAGUUUAAAUUCAGCAUUUUAGAUGCCCUAUCUGCUACGGGUUUGAGAGCCAUCAGAUAUGCGAAGGAGAUUCCAAAUGCAGAUAAAAUAUACGCAAACGAUUUCCUCCCAGACGCUGUAGAAGCUAUUCGCAGGAACGCAGAGUACAACAACGUCGCUGACAAAGUGAAACCAGUUGAGGGUGAUGCCAGUGCUCUCAUGUACCAGCAUCGCUCGGGUUCAAAGUUUGACGUCGUAGAUUUAGACCCUUAUGGUACUGCUGCUCCAUUUGUAGAUGCUGCAGUGCAAUGUUUAAGCUCUGGAGGCCUUCUUUGUGUUACAUGCACAGAUACAGCCGUAAUGGCAGGCACAAACUAUCCAGAGAAAUGCUACGCAAAUUACGGUGGUACACCAAUCAGGGCAGAGUAUUCACAUGAAGGGGCUCUCAGAUUGAUUCUCAAUUCUCUAUCACAAUCAGCGGCUAGAUAUGGUCGCUAUAUUGAACCACUUAUGAGUCUUUCUAUUGAUUUCUACGUUAGAAUGUGGGUCAGGGUACACGAUGGCUCAGGAGAAGUCAAGAAAGCAUUCAGUAAGACAGGAAGUGUGCACGUCUGUAGCUUCUGCCGCCAACACGCGAUACAACCAUUCGGAAGAAUCACCGUCAAGACGAACGAGAAGGGCAACACCUCAAGUAGAUUCCAAGCCGCUCAAGCGAUUAAUCAAUCUGACAAAUGCUCUGAGUGUGGUGCACAAUACCACACAAAUGGUCCUAUGUGGAUUGAUAGAAUACACAAUAAAGAUUUCACAAAGCGCAUGCUUGAGCAUAUCGAUCAGAAUGCUGAUAAAUAUGGCACAGCCGUUAGAAUGAAGGGUAUGGUCUCUGUCGCUGAUGGCGAGCUUGAAGAUUCUCCAUUCUAUUUUACAACUGAUAGUGUCGCAAGUGCGAUGCGAAUGACUGCACCACCGAUGGUCACAAUAGCUUCUGGCCUUGUUAACGCUGGCUACCAAGUGUCUAGAUCACAUGCAUUGGCGGGAUCAAUAAAAACGAACGCACCUUCAAGAGUGAUACAUGACAUGUUCAGGAAAUGGAUGAAAACACAUCCUAUCAAAUUGGAAAACAUAAAAGAGGGCUCACCUACGCGCGUGCUGGCGAUGAAAGAAGCUGAGGUUGACGCUGACCUGACUCACAACCAAGCCGUUGUUGAUCUACUUGGAAGUAAAGAAAAGCUUAGAAGGUACCAAUCUAAUCCUGCCAACUGGGGUCCACUAGCAAAGCCAAACAGCGGGCCACAAAACACCAAAAACAGCUCUGAAGAACACGCUAACGAUAAUGCCACCAGUGACGACGUAGACAUCCAUAAAUCCAAGAAAGCUAAAAUAGACAUGUCAGUUUACGAUUCUAAUAAACCAGUUCAACAGAACACAAAGCUCGAACAACUAGCGACGGCUACGAGGGAUGUACCAGCUGAAGGUGAAGGCUCAAUACACCGCACUACAUUCGGUGCAAAAGCAGACAAUGUAGAGCUCACAAUGAAGGCCGGUCGUAGAGGUCCGACCUUAUUGAGUGAUCCUGUGUUUAGAGACAAGAUAUCACAUUUUGACCACGAGCGCAUUCCAGAACGUGUUGUACAUGCUCGUGGUGACGCUGCUCAUGGAUUCUUCAAGCUUCACACAAGUUUAGAGGAUGUCACCCACGCCAAGAUCCUCACAGAUACAGUAACAGAGACACCUACUUUUGUUCGCUUUUCAUCAGUUUUAGGUAGCGCUGGAGCUGCAGAGACUGCUCGAGAGGUUCGUGGAUUUGCGACACGUUUCUAUACUUCAGAAGGAAACUGGGAUAUAGUAGGAAACAAUAUUCCAGUCUUCUUUAUUCAAGAUCCAACUAAAUUCGUUGAUCUCAUUCACGCGGCCAAACCAGAUCCUAAAGGGGGUCUCCCACAGGCUCAAACAGCGCACGAUAACUUCUGGGAUUACAUGUCUCUCCUGCAAGAAUCACCUCACAUGGUGUCUUGGAUUUUGUCAGACCAAACCAUCCCAAGAUCCUACCGUAUGGUCCAAGGUUUUAGUGUGAAUACUUUCGUACUCGUUAAUAAGGAAGGCAAGCGUACAUUUGUUAAGUUCCAGUGGAAACCUCACCUUGGUAAACACUCCCUCUGUUGGGACGAAGCUCUCAAGCUGGGUGGUCAAGACCCAGAUUAUCUCAAACGCGACUUACAAAUGUUCAUCGACUCCGGUAUCUACCCAAAGUAUGAACUUGGUGUUCAACUGGUACCGGAAGAGGAUGAGGAUAAAUUUUCGUUUGACUUGUUAGACUGCACAAAGAUCAUCCCAGAAGAGGAAGUACCCAUCAAAUGGGUUGGAACCAUGACACUCAACAAAACGGUUACUGAUCAAUUCGCCGAAAAUGAACAGGUUGCUUUCUGCACGCAAAACAUCGUGCCAGGUAUUGACUAUUCUGAUGAUCCAAUGCUUCAUGGCCGUAACUUCUCGUACUUCGAUACACAGAUUUCACGCUUGGGUGGCAUCAACUUCUCGCAGCUUCCAAUCAAUCAGCCACUUCCGCAAGCAUGUCCAUUCAUGAACACCCUCCGUGAUGGCUACUCCAGCAAAGUCAUUCCUAAUGGUCCAAACUAUUACCCAAAUAGGUUCAAUAACUACCCGAAACCUGCGUCUGUUGAGGAAGGUGGUCUGCACUUUCCACCUUACCAGGUUGGUGGAAAACGUGAAAGAAACCUCGGUGAGAAAUUCUUUGAGUUCUACGAUCAAGCUACGUUGCAUUUCAACUCCUUAUCCGAUAUCGAAAAAGCAAACUUUGUCUCUACAUCGCAUUUCGAGAUGGGUAGAUGCGAUGACGUUGGCGUUCGCACACGCAUGGUUGAGCGUCUAAACCACAUCGACCAUGAUAUGGCAGUCCAAGUUAGUGAGGGUCUUGGCAUUAAGUGUCCGCCUGCAGUUAAGAAAAACCACGGUAGAAAGAGUGAUGGUGCGAAUCCAAUAUCUAUGCUUUCGAAGAACAACGUCUUCAAGCCAGAAGGUCGUCUCAUCGCACUUGUUGCACCUGACGGUUACGAUCACCAGCAGGCUUUAGCCAUCCAGAAUGCAUUCCUAGCACUCGGCAACAUCGUUGCUGUCGUUGGUUUGCGCAAGGGCCCAACGUAUGGCAAGCAAGAGGGUCAAGAGUUGCCAACGAACUUCACCUUCGAAUCUGCUCGCUCGACUCUAUUUGACAGUGUGAUCUUCCUCGAUGGUGAUGAUAGAUACAAGAAGACUCUCAACCUUGGUCGCGUAAAACACUGGUGCAUCGAAGCAUACGCGCAUUUCAAGGCUAUUGCGCUCAUCGGCACCUCGGCUGAGUGGGGCAGCAAGCUCAUCCCUGUGGAAAACCGCACUGAUGGAGGUAAAAGCUUCUCCGUUCAAGACGGUGUAGUCGUCGCUCCAAAGCUCACUAGCCAGGACACGUCUCUCUUUGACAAGCUCACUAAGGGUGUGAUUGAUGCAGCUUCAUUUGCGGGCGCAUAUGCUCAAGCGGUCGCCUCGCACCGUCACUGGCAGAGAGAUCCCUCGGAAUUAGCCUAUUAG